AGAAAGGUUUGGCGACGGGGGUGCUUGUGGAGAGAGACGGCUGGGGCUUGGAGUAGCACCACUGAAGCGCACCAGUCGUUCCUAUCAAUUUCCGAAUUAUUUCCCGUGGCUCUGGUGAAUAACAAUUAUAGCAUGCAAAGACUUUGCACUCGUGGAUACAUCAUCCGCUUUAGAUUAUUUGCUUGGUUUGUUAUUUUUUUUCAUUUUAGGUGAAUGGCGAGGAUACUUGAGGUACAAUCGAGAGUGAGUGGUUUUGGCAAUAUGUGUUGCUGCAAUAUGGUAUGCAACCUAAAGGCUUAUGGAAUAUAGCUAGAUUUCUCACAAUCUGUAUGCGUUCUCAUUCAGCCCGGUUAAAAAUAAAUUAUUUUUGCUCGGCAUCAUGUUUUUACUCUGGGUAUAUAUGCUUUACUCCUGCGUGGGCUACUGUGCCCCCAUGCCAAGUUUGGUCGUGGACAAUAACCGGAGAAAGGAGACUGGCACGGGGUCCGUGGUCGGUAAAAGGACCGAGAAUAACGCCAGAGCGGACCUCGUGUCCAGACUACUCCCUAGACUCCCACCCUGGGUGGAUAUAGAAUCCGAUUACGACGAACCAUCCGUCCGGACCUCCUCCAGAGACCUGCUCAAUAAAGAGAUAGACGCGUACAGAGGUGUUGAGGACAGGGGUGAGAUGAGGGGUGAGGGGCAGAGAGCUCCUGAACCCGGUGCGAUGUCAAGUUUCUCCAACGACUUGGGGAGCAAGAAACUGCCGCAGGCGAUCAUCAUCGGGGUAAAGAAAGGAGGGACGCGCGCGCUGCUCGAGUUCCUCCGCGUGCAUCCAGACAUCAGAGCGGUGGGAGCCGAGCCGCACUUCUUCGACCGCAACUACGAGAACGGACUGGAGUGGUACAGGGAGCUGAUGCCCAAGACCCUGGAGGGCCAGAUCACCAUGGAGAAGACCCCCAGCUACUUUGUGACCAGAGAGGCCCCAGCCCGGAUCUCCGUCAUGUCCCGGGACACCAAGCUGAUCGUGGUGGUGAGGGACCCCAUAACCAGGGCCAUCUCUGACUACACACAGACGCUGUCCAAGAACCCAGACAUUCCCACCUUCGAGAGCCUGACCUUCAAAAACAGGACAACGGGGCUCAUCGACACAUCCUGGAGCGCCAUCCAGAUCGGUAUCUAUGCCAAGCACCUGGACAACUGGCUGCAGUACUUCCCCAUGGACCAGAUUCUGUUCGUGAGCGGGGAGCGUCUGAUCAGCGACCCGGCCGGAGAGCUGGGACGGGUGCAGGACUUCCUGGGACUCAAGAGGAUCAUCACAGACAAACACUUCUACUUCAACCAGACCAAGGGCUUCCCCUGCCUCAAGAAGGCUGAGGGCAGCAGCAAGCCCCACUGCCUGGGCAAAACCAAAGGGCGGACCCACCCCAACAUCCACCCAGAGGUGGUGCAGAGGCUACGGGACUUCUACAGGCCUUUCAACAUGAAGUUCUACCAGAUGACGGGACAUAACUUUGGUUGGGAUUGAUGGAUGUGAAUUUGGGAGAACACAUUGUUUAUUUUAUUCUCUGUAAUUCAAUGAAUGGCAAAUAAGACAUGGGAGAUGUUGCUAUAUAUAUAUAUACAAAUAUAUAUAUAUAUGUAUGUAUAUAUAUAUGUAUGUAUAUAUGUAUAUGCAUAUAUAUGUACAUGUGUGUGUGUAAAAUGUACAGAAAUCUAUUUUAUAAUAAUUUAUUUUUUAUUUCUAAGCAAUUAAUUCACUAAGCUGCCUAACCAUAUAUGUACAUGCAUAAUAUCUGGCCCACACUUUGAUUUAUAUUUUUUACAUUCACCUUUUAUGUUUUUUUCUUUACUCCUCACUUAAUGGUCCCUCAUGUCAACAGUAUAUUUUAAGUAAGAAUAGAGGGAUAUUGAUUAAGGCCCCGUUUUAUGGGUAUAGAGUGUUGACUGAACAGUAAUACAUACUCCAUUCAUGUGCAUUCUGAUUUAAACAUUCAUAAUCAAUAGCCAUCAUCAAACCCUUCCUCAAUAGCCAUCAUCAGACCCUUCAUCAAUAGCCAUCAUCAAACCCUUCCUCAAUAGCCAUCAUCAAACCCUUCCUCAAUAGUCAUCAUCAAACCCUUCCUCAAUAGCCAUCAUCAAACCCUUCCUCAAUAGCCAUCAUCAAACCCUUCCUCAAUAGCCAUCAUCAGACCCUUCAUCAAUAGCCAUCAUCAAACCCUUCCUCAAUAGCCAUCAUCAAACCCUUCCUCAAUAGUCAUCAUCAAACCCUUCCUCAAUAGCCAUCAUCAAACCCUUCCUCAAUAGCCAUCAUCAAACCCUUCCUCAAUAGCCAUCAUCAAACCCUUCCUCAAUAGCCAUCAUCAGACCCUUCAUCAAUAGCCAUCAUCAAACCCUUCCUCAAUAGCCAUCAUCAAACCCUUCCUCAAUAGUCAUCAUCAAACCCUUCCUCAAUAGCCAUCAUCAAACCCUUCCUCAAUAGCCAUCAUCAAACCCUUCCUCAAUAGCCAUCAUCAAACCCUUCCUCAAUAGCCAUCAUCAAACCCUUCCUCAAUAGCCAUCAUCAAACCCUUCCUCAAUAGUCAUCAUCAAACCCUUCCUCAAUAGUCAACAUCAAACCCUUCCUCAAUAGUCAUCAUCAAACCCUUCCUCAAUAGUCAUCAUCAAACCCUUCCUCAAUAGCCUUCAUCAGACCCGUCCUCAAAAGCCAUCAUCAGACCCGUCCUCAAAAGCCAUCAUCAGAUCCUUCCUCAAUAACCAUCAUCAGACCCGUCCUCAAAAGCCAUCAUCAGACCCGUCCUCAAUAGCCAUCAUCAGACCUGUCCUCAAUAGCCAUCAUCAGACCCUUCCUCAAUAGCCAUCAUCAGACCCUUCCUCAAUAGCCAUCAUCAGACCCUUCCUCAAAAGCCAUCAUCAGACCCUUCCUCAAAAGCCAUCAUCAGACCCUCCCCCCACAUUACUCCUUAUCUACUCUUAUCGGUUUCUGUUCCAUCCAUUCAAACACUGUGUUUCAUUGAAAUUAGGUCAUUUCAGUUAUUACCGGUUACCCCCAUCCACAACCCAUUAUCCUACCAUCCCAAUGGCCUAACCAGCUGAUCUCCUGCCCUGUCAUUGGCCUAACCAGCUAAUCUCAUGUCCCUUUCACUUAAUAACAGGUGGAUCAAUAGGCCUAACUGCUGCUCAUUGUGUCAGCCAUGCUUAAAGUGUGGCCUUCCUCUUCUAGUUCUCCUAUAGCCUGUUCUAAUGAAUGGCCCAUCCACGAAAGGUCUAAAUCCUAUUUCUGACCGCAUCACAUUGAUAUGGCUCCAUGUUGACAUGAUGCUAAUGGAAUAACGUAAAUGAGGCCCAUUGAUUCAGGUCUCCUCUCCGCUAUACUCUUGCUCCCAUUAUAAGACACUGUUGGCUCAGAGCCAGGGUUCAAAGGUCAUACACAAUCAAAUUUGUUCUGAGUGACAUUUGAUUUGUUGAAGAGACUGAGAGGGGAGGACACACUGGAUCAGGGGAGGACUGUAGUAUAGUCCUUGAAUGCAUCCCAAAUGGCACACUACCCUAUAUAGUGCACUAAUUUAGACCAGAGCCUUGUGACCCCUGGUCAAAAGUAGUGAAAUAUAAAGGGAAUAGGGUGCCAUUUGGGACACCCAUUGUCUUCAUGGUGCAGUGAGAAUGCUUGGCAUGAGUUGAGGUAGGAUGUCUGAUACAGAUGAUAUGAAAACUUUCUUCAUAUGAGAAACAGUCUAUUUAUGCUGGCCCACACUCUCGCAGGUAGGGGCUACUUCAAAGCCAUCCUAUCCUCUUUGGAUUGUAAGACUGCUGAAUAUGCACCCUAGUCCCUACAGUGUGACCAGGGCCCAUAGGGAAUAGGAGACCAUUUGGGUGGUAAGCCUAAAACGUCUGAGUGUGGAGGGACCAAGAGUGAAUAUGCACAUCCUUUCCCCUACAUACUACACAUCAAAUUCCCUCCAAUCAAAUGCAAAGUUGAAAGUGUCUGUCACUGACUAUUGGCCAUUGAGAAGUAUAUAAAAAAAGAAGUGACAUUAUGGUACUUUUUUCAAGUUUUAAGAAAAUGUUGCGCCUCUAAACCACCCAGUCUAAUUCAAAUACCCAACCUCCAUCUCAAUUCAACAGUGUGGAAGCAGUUCUGAAGGUUGAUGUUUAUCUCCAACCAGUGGAUGGUAUUAGUGGAGACGAGGGCUUGUCCCAGCAUUUUACUGCUCCCUUAUUCACAUAGUGGCUUUUACCAACAAGCAAUGUACACCUGUUUUCAAUUAUCAUGCCUAUAUGGACAACGCCUCAACCUGCCCUUCUCUCCUUAUAGUGCAAUGUUUGUUGAAAGCAUUUAAAAUGGCCUUUGUAUAGAGCAGGAAAUUCUGAAUCUGAGUAAUGUCAAUCUUUCUCCCUGUAACGGUUGGAGUAAAGGAGACUGGGGCAGUUGCCCUCUGUUACAUUUACAGUCCCUCUAAUGCAUUGGAAUUAUGGUGUUAUUCAUGUUACUAAGAGAGUAGAGUUGCAUCCCAAAUGGCACUCUAUUCCUUAUUUAGUGCACUACUUUUGACCAAGGCCUACAGGGCUCUGGUCAAAAGUAGUGCACUUUAUAGGAAAUAGGAUCGGUCCGAAAUGAAACGCUAUCUCAAAAGCUUGCACUAAUGGUCACGACCCAUGCUGCCUCAUCCGUUCUGGUUGAGUUUUAUUCAACCCUUUUACAGAUCUACAAAAUAUAAUGCUAGUGUUGUUUGUCUUUCCCACCCCGUCUGCAUAUAAAAUGGUUAAUAUUUAGAGGUUUAGCAGAUUCUGUAUGUUUAAAAAUGAAAAAGAACAUGUACAUCAAGUAUUUUGUGGUAUCAUGUACAUCAAAUGAAUUUUACACAGUGAAAGAGCAAAUUGGAAGAAAUGUUUUAAAUAAUGAAAUGCUAAACAUUCAUACGAUUUCUUUGUAUGAAGAAAUAAAGUAUAUAUUUUACCAAAA